UGAUGUAAAAGUUGUCCAUGAUACAGAACUAUCCUUAAGGUAAAACAUUACAGUGAAGCUUCGGAGUCAUUUAGACCCGAGCUUUGGAUGCUGCGGAUCCAAACGGCGGGGGCACGAGGCUGAAUUAGCUAGUGCUAGUUCAUCAUUAAGCAGCUGCAGGUGGCAGAGGGUUAUAGGAAAUCUAAAGCCGCCAAGAUGAAUAUAGACCCCACUACAGGAGAUCCAAGCAAGUUUCUUCUUUAGUCGGGCCUCGGUGACGCAGUGAAGAUGUCCGACAGAAGCUCCAGAGACCCAGAGGAUCCAUCAUACAGCAACGAUGUGUUGGAGCUUUCAGCCAGCGACGAAUCUGAGCCUGAAGAAGCCCCAGGAGACGCUCCCUUCGACCCAGAGCUGGAUGCCAGCGACGAUGACGAGGAGGGGAAGGAUUCAGCUGCUCCUGCGGUGCAGAGCGCCUUCAUCCUGAGCGGAGGGGGCUCAGCCUUCUCCUACCGCAGCCGCAGCAUCUUCGACUGCCUGGACAGCGUGGAGAAGAGCUCCAAAUCUUCGCUGAACCCGGCAGAAAGCAGGAAGACAAGUCACCCUGCUUCUACUUCCCCUGUACCAGUGAAGAAGAGAGGCGUCCCAGACUACCUGGUGCAUCCCGAGCGCUGGACGCGCUACAGCCUGGAAGACGUGGCCGAGAGCAGCGACCAGGAGAACCGCAAAGCCGCACAGCAGUUCCUGUCUGGUCUGCAGCAGGAGACUAAAGCUGAUCCUCCCUGUGACAUCCGGGGAAGGUUGAUCUUCUCCAGACCGAAGCGGCUCCCCAAGGAGCAGACCGCUGAGCAGGCGUCAUCAGAGCUUCAGGGAAAGGAGAAGGAGCUCCAGCUAAGUCACCUGGCCGAGGAGGAGGAGGAUGAUGAAGGCAGGGAGAGAGCGGAGGGCGGAGAACAAAGCAGAGGGAAGACCAGACCAGGAGAGAAGAACAAGGAGGAAACUACUGCUGGACCUGAGGCUCCACAAGAGGAGAAGAUAGAGGAGCCCAGCGUCACUUUUACGUCCUUCAGGAAGCCCAAGGCCAAGAACUACAGGAGGAGUUCUGAAGAGAGCAAGGACUGAGCUCCGAGAAGAUCCAACCACCCAAACAUCAAUCAAUAAACCGUCCGUCAGCCAGAAUCUGUUUAUUUUUUAUAAAUCAGGUUAAUCUCUCUGAAACCUGAUGGUUCGUUUUCAGCCUCUAAUUCAACCCCAGUUCAUAUGGAGAGAAAUUUGUUCCAUUAUUAUUAAAGCAAAGAACAUGCUGCAAAAAUGAAGCGUCUCAAUCUAAAAAGGUUUAGAAUCAUAACAUGUUUAAAAAGUUGAAACAGUUUUUACAUGUUUGCUUGUUUCCUGAUCUUCCCGCGUUUUUUUUUUUUUUUUUAAUUCAGAUUUUUUUUAGGAGUUUUACAAAUUUCAUGCUUAUCAGAUCCAGUUUUCGGCCCUCUGGGUGGUCUGUGAGAGGACCGGCGAAAAUGAGUCCGGACAUUACAGAGACUGGUGGACGUUUGCAGCAGAUGGAAUAAUGAAUCUGUUUUUAUUCUCUGUAACUGUUUUAUGUCUUCCUUUUUUCUAUCAUGUUUAGUUUUGUGUUUCGGGCUUCAUGUCCCUGAGAACAAUAAAAGAAACCAGAAAUUAAUAAUUGA